CUGCUGCGUCGCGCGGUCCUCCUCCUUCCUUUCCUUCUUUCUCCCUUCUUUCCUUCCUUCCUUCCUUCCGCCGGGUGCCAUGGAGCCAGGGCGCCAGGCGGCCGCGGCGCUGCUGGCGCUUCUGUGCGCAGGCUGUGCGUGGCGCACCGGGCGCGCCCAAUACGAACGCUACAGUUUCCGCAGCUUCCCGCGCGACGAGCUGAUGCCACUCGAGUCGGCCUACCGGCACGCGCUGGACCAGUACAGCGGCGAGCACUGGGCUGAGAGCGUGGGCUACCUGGAGAUCAGCCUGCGGCUACACCGCCUGCUGCGCGACAGCGAGGCCUUCUGCCACCGCAACUGCAGCUCGGUGCCCCAGCCGGAGCCCGCCGCCGGCCUCGCCCGCUACCCAGAGCUGCGCCUGUUCGGGGGCCUGCUGCGCCGCGCGCACUGCCUCAAGCGCUGCAAGCAAGGCCUGCCGGCCUUCCGCCAGUCGCAGCCCAGCCGCGAAGUACUGGCGGACUUCCAGCGCCGAGAACCCUACAAGUUUCUGCAGUUCGCCUACUUCAAGGCAAAUAAUCUCCCAAAGGCCAUUGCAGCAGCUCACACCUUUCUCCUGAAGCAUCCUGAUGACGAAAUGAUGAAGAGAAACAUGGCGUAUUACAAGAGCCUGCCUGGUGCCGAAGACUACAUCAAAGACUUGGAAACCAAGUCCUAUGAGAGUCUGUUCAUCCGAGCUGUGCGGGCCUACAAUGGUGAGAACUGGAGGACGUCCAUCACAGACAUGGAGCUGGCCCUUCCUGAUUUCUUCAAAGCUUUUUAUGAAUGCCUCGCAGCCUGCGAGGGCUCCCGGGAGAUCAAGGACUUCAAAGAUUUCUACCUUUCCAUAGCAGAUCAUUACAUAGAAGUUCUGGAAUGCAAAAUACAGUGUGAAGAGAGCCUCACCCCAGUUAUAGGAGGCUAUCCGGUGGAGAAAUUUGUUGCAACCAUGUAUCAUUAUUUGCAGUUUGCUUAUUAUAAGUUGAGUGACCUGAAGAAUGCAGCCCCCUGUGCGGUCAGCUAUCUUCUCUUUGACCAGAAUGACAAGGUCAUGCAGCAGAACCUGGUGUACUACCAGUUCCACAGGGACAAGUGGGGCCUCUCGGACGAGCAUUUCCAGCCCAGACCAGAAGCAGUUCAGUUCUUUAAUGUGACUACCCUCCAGAAAGAGCUGUAUGACUUUGCUAAGGAAAAUAUAAUGGAUGAUGAUGAGGGAGAGGUUGUGGAAUAUGUGGAUGACCUCUUGGACCUGGAGGAGACUGACUAGUCCCGGGCAACCAAAGAGACUUCCUUACGAAGUUCAGGAAACAGAUUCUUUGUCCUCCUUUUCCCAAAAGCCCAGAUUUUUGAUACCUCAAAGCCUUCCCUUUACAAAGUAAAAGGGAAGCCCCCAUCUCUUUCACUACAUCUAACCAGGGUGAGCCUGUCUUCUGUAUUCACACCUAUCUUCCUUAUGUUCACACCUCUCUUUCCAUAUUCCUACCUGCCUUCCCUGCAUUCACACCUGUUUUCCUCAUGUUCACACCUGUCCUUCUUCACACCUGUCUUCCCCAUGUUCACAUGUCUUCCCUUCUUCACACCUGUCUUUUCCUCUUCACACCUGUCUUACCCAUGUUCACACCUGUCUCCCCUGAAUUUGCAUCUGUUUUCUCUGUGUUCAUACAUGCCUUUCUUACUUUUGGCUGGAAGGGCAGUUUUCCAUGGUUUGUCCCCCCCACCCCCCAAAAAAUCAGUAUUAUUUUUUAAAUAAGAAAAACACUCUUAAAAGAUGA